ACACACACGUCUACACAAUCGUAUCGCGACAGAGAGAGAGAAAGACAUUGACACACACACGCGCGCGCGCACAUUGCCUGGAUUUGUUUAACUGAAGCGCCUCGCCUCUUUGCGUAGUUUUUGGCCGCCAACCUCACUUUAUAUCUUGCCUUUCCUUCAACGACUUUUUACAAUAAGUCUUCCUUCGGAUCAACUAUGGCUACAUUAGAGAAACGCGAAAUAUCUGCUCCCCGAGUUGGAAAAUUCAAUGUCCACAUACAGGGUGAUCUGAAGCAUAAUCAAUUUGUAGUAAUGACCGUCCAUGACUUGGGAUGCAAUCAUACUACAUGGAAACAUUUUGUUGACCAGCCUUGCAUGGAACAAAUCCGUAAGCGUGCUGUUUUUAUUCAUGUUGAUGUUCCAGGCCAGGAAGAUGGGGCUCCUGAUCUUCCUUCAAACUAUACAUUCCCAUCUAUGCAGACACUUGGAGAAGAUUUGGUGUGUGUCCUCGAUCAACUUGAUGUCAAACAAGUUGUUGCUAUUGGAGAAGGCGCUGGAGCCAAUAUUCUCGCUAGACUUGCUAUUAACCAACCUUCAAGGGUACAUGCUCUCUGUUUGAUCCACUGUACCGGAAGCACUGCCGGGUUUAUGGAAGCUUUCAAAGACAAGGCUAUGAACUGGAAACAAAUAACAUGCUGCGGAUGA